AAAACAUCUCCACUUCUUGUAUCUUGCAAAAUGUCAACUGACUCUGAUUUUUAUUCAUUUACUGUCAAGGAUGCUGAUUUAAAUGAUGUAUCUAUGGCUGAUUAUAAAGGAAAAGUAGUAAUGAUUGUGAAUGUUGCCUCUAGAUGUGGUUUCACCAAACAGUACGACGAAAUUCAAGAAGUUUAUAACAAGUAUAAGGAUCAAGGUUUUGAAGUAUUGGCAUUCCCAUGCAAUCAAUUCGGAUCUCAAGAACCUGGCACCAAUGAAGAAAUCUGCACAUUUGCCAGAACCAAAUUCAAAGUCACCUUCAAAAUAUUUGACAAGAUUAAUGUCAAUGGAUCCGAAACUAUUCCACUUUACAAUUUCCUAAAGAAGGAAGGUGCUGGUUUUCUCGUUGAUGCAGUAAAAUGGAAUUUUACCAAGUUUCUCGUUUCAAAGAGUGGAAAAGUAUUGAAACGAUAUGCUCCGAAUACUUCUCCGAAAGAUAUGGAAGAUGAUAUUCAAAAAUUGUUAAAGGAAUAAGCUGCUUUAAUUGUAAAAUUAAAUUAUUAAAUAUUUAAUAUUAAAUAAUUGAAAAUUCAAUCUUCC